AAAGAUUAGCUGCUGGACGUAUUGUUUCGCAGAUGCGGCGGUGGCGGCGGAGCGCACUCCCCUCUGCUGCGGAAAGGGCGGCGGUGCCUCGACGCCGAGGAAGACGGAGAUGAGGAGGGAUACGUCGGCGUGAGGACGUCGCUUUUUCUUUUUUGGUGUUGUUGUUGUUGUUGUCGUCGUCGUUGUCCAGCGGCGGCGGAGCUCGUGUCGCCAGGUGUGUCUCAUCAGCCACCUAGUAGCCUUUCUUCCCACCUCUUACCACCGCUGUCGAGGUAGCCAUGGCAACCAGCGCUCUGCCAAGUGACAACCUGCCAACAUACAAGCUGGUGGUGGUGGGGGAUGGUGGUGUCGGGAAGAGCGCCCUCACCAUCCAAUUCUUCCAGAAGAUCUUUGUGCCAGACUACGAUCCCACGAUAGAGGACUCGUAUCUAAAACACACGGAGAUCGACGGACAGUGGGCGAUACUGGAUGUGCUGGACACAGCUGGUCAGGAGGAGUUCAGUGCGAUGAGGGAGCAGUACAUGAGGACAGGAGACGGCUUCCUCAUCGUCUUCUCUGUGACGGACAAGGCCAGCUUUGAACACGUGGACCGAUUCCAUCAACUCAUACUACGGGUCAAGGACCGGGAGGCCUUCCCCAUGGUGUUGGUGGCAAACAAAGUGGACCUUGUCCACCUGAGAAAGAUCACCUCUGACCAGGGCCAAGAGAUGGCUGCGAAACAUAAUAUAACUUAUAUUGAGACCAGUGCUAAAGAUCCUCCGAUGAAUGUGGACAAGGCCUUUCAUGAGCUGGUCCGCGUUAUAAGACAGCAGGUCCCCGAGCGCAACCAGAAAAAGAAAAAGAAGAUGAAGUGGAGGGCAGAACGUUCCACGGGCUCCCACAGGUUCCACUGUGCCAUAUUGUGACCUCCCCCGUCCUCGUUAUCAUUCUCAACAGAACACACCCCCACGUACCUUUUGGAUGUCAGGGAAUUCCCCAGCAGUGGUUAGCUACUGGAGCACAAAAGGGAGGAGGGGGGUGACGAUGAACGGCUGGACGGACCCCGAGGGACAGAAGGACAAGUGAAUGUCCCCUCAGCCCUUCACAUUGCCUUGGAGUGAGUGCUGUGUACUCUCCCCUCAACCUACGUUCCCCUUUGAAGAGAUUUUUAAAACACAGAAAAACAGGGACAAUGAACUGUUUCUCUAUCAAGUUAAUUCACUGUCAAAUGUGGCACAAAGAUGACAGACUCUGAGGUAAAAGUACAGAUAUUAGAAUCACCCCGACAUUGGAACUUUUGUCUCACGGAUAAAGGGAAGGAAACGGGAGGAACUGGCUCAAAGUGGCGCCCCGUGUUUAACAAACCUCCGGCCACCGACUGGUCAUCGCCUCUCUGUCUUCACGCUACUGGGUGGAACACAUCUUAAGGGCACAGCGGGAUGAAUACGCGAGCGGUGACGGUGAUUUUUGUCGUGGUGAUAAAAAAAAAAAAUAGAUGUCGUGCGGUGUUGUCAAUGAGUGAACUGUGAGUCCAAGCGUGUACCCCGUGGUCAUGUGACGCUCCGGCUGCGAGGCGUCGACUCAGUCGAGCGAGGGAUGGCAGGACGUGUCGUAAGCAAGUGAAAGAAAUGUGACGCGGCGCAGAGAAGAUGUGUCAUACGGAUUGGACAGGUGAAAAUGCUAUGGCCAUAUCAACUUGUUUAAAAUACGUGUUUAGAUAUUACAAUUGUGAAGGAGAGUAAGAUUAGUUGGCGUACGGUGUUCUACAUAAAACGUAACAGGGUUUUUUUAAUCAACACUGUUGUGUCAGCAGCCAUGUUUACAGAUAUGAAGGAUUAUUUUUCCCAUAAAUACAGACAGUAUAUUGGAGCCGCCUUGGGUCAAGGUUGCCUCCUCGGGUCAUUUUCAAUGGCAUGAUGUGUGCGGUCUUCUUCAGUACUGUAUGAACAACAGCCCAGGCAAGUAGAGUGGGGUCUGAAAGUCUGCGACCGCUUUCCCAUUCAAGUGAAUGGGAGAACGGGAAAGUGGUCCACACAGACACAUGUAUAGUAUACUUUCCAUUUUUUUGUAUCAUGAUAAAAGAGAAAAUUGCAAUUAUAUUUGUCAUAUUAAAGAAAUCUAAUUAUAGGUGGCAAUGUCAACUAAUUCAAUGCUGUUUUUACAAAUGAUCUGUAGGAAAUAGUUAACAAAGUGGGACAGGUGAGGUAUAAAGAGAGCUUCGUGUUUCUGAGCUGAAACGGGCUGGAGAAGCUGAUUUGCACUGGCCACUAACCAAAAUAAUGUGAUGUCACUUUAUUUCAAUCUGGGGGGCUUUUCAGACAGCGCCGCCGAUAUCAGGACUUUGCGCUCGAACGCGCUCGGUAAAGGACGACGCUCCUUCAGAUUGGGGAUAUAUACUGUAGCCCCGGGAAAUACGACCGAGUCAGGCGGCCUCGCCGAACAGGCAGACGUGAUGCUCCGAGGGCUCAAAGCCAUGUCAACCCAGCUACAGACUCUGUGUAGUUGUAGGAAAGAACCACACACGCGAAGCAACAAAACAUUCAGUAUAUUCAUGUUUGUAGUCGUGAGGUGGGUAGGAAUGUACAAUUUAAUAACCUAUGAAAUGGCUUGUACUGUUAACGCACUAAAGUUUCGGUGGACUACUUUUUUUUUUUUGUCUGGAUGAAUACUGUCUCUCGAAGGAAAUACAUUUUUGCACUUUUAAUACGAUUUUCUCUAACUUUCCUAUCGGCAUGUUGUUUUCUGUUCCAGUCUGUAACGUGAAACGAGAGGCACGGUCAAAAAACGAUUUGAAUGUAAAACUCAAAGAAGAAAAAACAAGCAAAUAGGCGAUUCGCGUUGCAGUCCUGUGUGCCUGUGUAUGCCCGUUGCCUUGGCGAUCGGCUGUAAUGGAGAUUCAAUAAGUUGGGAGUUUAAUCAUUGGAAAGGUACUCCGUCGUGAAUUAAGAAGGUUGAGUAUGAGGAGGCUUGCAUAUUGAAUGGCGUACAACUUCACCUCAGCAUGAAAGUGGAAAAUCGACCUCAGCAAAAGAUGGAGUACAGUAUUGAUCUGCACCUACUGUUAAAGGGACCUUGCAAAGAGUUUUUUUUCCAGACGAGGACUCAAAAUCAUGAAGUACUGAGCAUAUAACAAUGAAACAACACACUCUGGAUCGUGGUGGAGGGUGGGGGACAAAAGAAAAGAAAAGAAAAAAAGAUUGUGUUUGAUCAAAAUGUUGCAUCAUGUAUGUUUGAUACCUUUUUGUAUUAUUGAUAUGGAUUAUUGAUAUGAUUCUUGCAAAGUGUUUUUUAAACAACUGAAUAAUUUAUUACUGUCUGUUACCUCAGUGUGUCCCAGACCUGGCCAAAAAAACUAAA